AUGUUCGAAGAGUCCCUCUUCGAACAUUGUGACUGGUAUCAGUGCUCACUUUUCGAACCGUCCUUCUUCGACCCUUUUCUCUGGGGCCAGUCCGCAAUGUACGUAGACCAUCCUUCUUCGUCCAUUGAGGACGAGCGAGAGUCCACAACGUCCGAAGCCGAUCCUUCUCUGAACAUUGUUCACUGGCGCCAGUCGACAAUGUUCGAAGACAACCCUUCUUCGAACAUUUCCGCAAUGUACGUAGACCAUCCUUCUUCGUCCAUUGAGGACGAGCGAGAGUCCACAACGUCCGAAGCCGAUCCUUCUCUGAACAUUGUUCACUGGCGCCAGUCGACAAUGUUCGAAGACAACCCUUCUUCGAACAUUACCAUCCUUCUUCGUCCAUUGAGGACGAGCGAGAAUCCAAACGUCCGAAGCCGAUCCUUCUCUGAACAUUGUUCACUGGCGCCAGUCGACAAUGUUCGAAGACAACCCUUCUUCGAACAUUGUGACUGGUAUCAGUGCUCACUUUUCGAAGACCGUCCUUCUUCGACCCUUUUUCUCUGGGGCCAGUCCGCAAUGUACGUAGACCAUCCUUCUUCGUCCAUUGAGGACGAGCGAGAGUCCACAACGUCCGAAGCCGAUCCUUCUCUGAACAUUGUUCACUGUUCGACAAUGUUCGAACAUUUGCUCACUUUUCGAAGACCGUCCUUCUUCGACCCUUUUUCUCUGGGGCCAUCCGCAAUGUACGUAGACCAUCCUUCUUCGUCCAUUGAGGACGAGCGAAAUCCACAACGUCGAAGCCGAUCCUUCUCUGAACAUUGUUCACUGGCGCCAGUCGACAAUGUUCGAAGACAACCCUUCUUCGAACAUUGUUAUCAGUCUCACUUUUCGAAGACCGUCCUUCUUCGACCCUUUUCUCUGGGGCCAGUCCGCAAUGUACUGCUCACUUUUCGAAGACCGUCCUUCUUCGACCCUUUUUCUCUGGGCCAGUCCACAAUGUACGUAGACCAUCCUUCUUCGUCCAUUGAGGACGAGCGAAGAAUCCACAACGUCCGAAGCCGAUCCUUCUCUGAACAUUGUUCACUGGCGCCAGUCGACAAUGUUCGAAGACAACCCUUCUUCGAACAUUGUGACUGGUAUCAGUGCUCACUUUUCGAAGACCGUCCUUCUUCGACCCUUUUUUCUCUGGGGCCAGUCCGCAAUGUACGUAGACCAUCCUUCUUCGUCCAUUGA